ACCUAUUCUCUCGAUAAAUCACUACACAUCAUGGCACCAUGCUUCCUCCUCAUCGGCAUAGCGUGGGACCAAUACGAAACUCUCGUCGGCGCAGACAAGGCGGAAGAGAUGAUUGCGAGGGUUAAAGUAGCCUUAGCGCGCGAUGAACAGCAAUUCAAAGAUGUUGGAUUGGACUACCAAUACCUGGACUACGCGCCUGGGGAGAGUAUGCAGCGAUUAGAAAAGGUGCUUGCGGAGAAGGAAUGGUCUGGAGUGUGCAUAGGGAUUGGUAUCCGUGCCAAUAGGCAAUUCACACCCCUCUUCGAAUCCCUCGUUAAUACAGUACAUGAGAAAUCUCCUCAUACCAAGCUCCUGUUCAACACACAACCGGACGACACGAUUGAGGCGGCGAAGAGAUGGUUCCCGGAGGCAAAUAAUGGGAAUAAAUAGUUCUAUUUAGGUCGAGAAAAGGGACCUCCUAAUUCAGAACAUCUCGAUCGUUACAUUCAAUGCAGCUUAUGAUGAAAGACCGGGGCCACCUCUUACAGUGUUAAAGAAGUGUAAUACAGAGAGGAAUAAACGCCUUCUAAUCUAGACCGUCUCACUCAUGACGUCCAAUGCAGAUUACCUUGACAGACUGGGGCCACCUCUCACAACGUCAAAAAGGGUGAUAUAGAGGAGAAAAAUUUACCUCCUAAUCUAGGCCGUCUCAC